AUGAGAAAGCUACUUUUGCGGGCUCUAUGCAUCUACUGGGUAGGCACAGAAUGCUUGCGCAUUAGUAACUGUCUGUCGGAUGGUUUAUCCAUGGGCCAACUCAAAGCUAAGGAGGUGCGUUCCUUCUAUCUUCGCUCAAGGCCCCUCCUAAAAGGAAGCAAGGGACGAACCCAAAGGACCAGUACCUACAGGAUAAAAAAAUUGGAUUCUCAAUGUGAAUACCCAAAUAAGGGGGUGGAAAAUUGCUCACCCAAUGACAACGACGUGGGCGCGAAGGAGGGACCGGUGAGUUAUUCGCAGGGCAGUUCUCAGGGUAGUUUGCAGGACAGCUGGCGCCCUUCUUCGGAGAGUAAUUCGCUGCGUGAUCCGUGCCCUAAACCGCGGAAUGGCGAAGCGAGGGGGAAGAAAAUCAUCAUCGGAAACUGGAAGUGCUACCUCACAAAGACAGAAGCAUACAGGCUUAUCGACACGUUUACAAAAAUAAAAUAUUCUAAUAACAUCGACCUUGUUUUAUCUCCUAACAUAUUGUUCAUGCCAUAUCUGCUGGAAAAAAUUGAAAAGAAUAACUCGAAGAUCUUUGCCUGCGCACAAGACGUCAGCUUGGCAAGCGGAUUCGGAGCCUUCACCGGAGAAACCACAGCCACUUUAUUAAAGCAGUUUGGGAAUAAGUACACCAUAAUUGGACAUAGUGAAAGGCGUAGAGGGUUUUACAACAAUGGGGAGACACUCGAACAGACAGCACAGAAGGUACAGAAUGCUCUGCAAUCCAAGCUGAAAGUUAUCCUUUGCAUCGGGGAUGAUUAUCAUAAUGAGAACGGCCCAUUCACGUCAUCCAAGACAAGGAAAUUGCUUUCGCUCAUCAAGCAGGCAAUUCCCAAGGACGACAUGCAAAACAUUAUCAUAGCUCUGGAGCCCAGCUUCGCCAUCGGCACCGGCAAUCACGUGUCGCCUGACACUUUGAAUACCUGCUACUGGGACAUCAAGCGAAACAUAGCUGAAGAGGUGGACACGCAAACAAGCAACGCAGUGAAAAUACUUUACGGUGGAUCGGUGACCAGGCACAACAUGAAGGACUACGUGGAAAAAACACCCGUUGAUGGAUUCCUCAUAGGAAAGGCUUCACUGGACGAGACCUUUAUCGAAAUCGUAAAGUACGUUGACCAAUCAUGCGUCUCCAAUACGUAG